AUGGCCAGCCAAGGUCCCAACAAUACUAGCAAUGCUGGACAAGGCCAGAUGUGGAGGGAUGACUUGCUAAACCAACAAUCUACCACUCAAAACCAAGACCAGUCAGCUAACUUCCUGCAAGAGACUGGAACACAAGUUAAGAACAUGGCACAAGGAGCAGCAGAUAUUGGAAAGGGGGCAGUGCAGGGCGCGGUGAGCAUUGCCCGGGGAGCAGCACUAGGGGCAGCAAACAUGGCACAAGGGGCGGCUGACGCUGUCAAGAAUACUCUAGAGACAGACAAUAACACCANUAUAAGCCUAAAUCUAUUUGGGAUUAUUUUGUGA